CUGCGAAGCACCGCCAACUUUGGGUAUGUACCAAUACAUGAGUUUUGGUUUCUUUGGUUUUUUUUUUUUGUACACACAAUACGACAUGUGCACUUCAAGACGGCUUAUAUGAUCACUAUCCCAGCAUGCAUUUGCUGACCGCUUUACUCGAUUGGCUCUGCGGCGUUCGACUUCUCAACACCGCCGUGGCACCGAGGGAAAAUUUUAGCGACAGCCAUUGUUCCACCAGCGGUACUUCGAAAUGCCAUGCGGCGAUCCUGACUAUUGAACUGUCCAUACCUAUGAACCAAAUAGAGUCUCUGCUAACGGUCACCGCAUCGAGCAGUCAAGCGUCUAGCGAAUUAAGCAAAAGUCACUACCUAGGCUUCGCUGGUCGUAAACACAGAUUAGAUAAACCGAUCACGUAUAGUAGUAAAUACGAAAUAUUUCGAUACAUACGCAAUCGAUCAUUCCGUAGCAUGAUCUUUGUGUGAGAACCAAGUGUGGUCUGAACAGGUAUGAGCGAGGAGACUGUUGGGUACCUCUCGGGUAAUUUCU